UGAACUAGUUCGCGGGCGAACAGCUGGCUGGCAUUAGGAUUAAAAAUAAACAUAAUUGAUUUUCUGCCUGAAAGUAUACGUAAACGCGUAGGCGCUCCCACCUGGUAGUGCACCCGAUUGACCGACUUCCAAUCUCCACGGACAACGAUGGGUUCCGACGACCAGAGCUCCGGGGACAGGAUCCAGAAGGGAUUCCAGAUCAACUAUAUGAUUCUGCGGGACGCCGACAGUGGCAAGGUUAUAUGGCAGGAGAACAAGGACUUUUCGGCACCGGACCUGGAGCACGAGGCUCGGGUGCCGGUGAAGAUACUGGACAUGCGGGCGGUUUCCCGCGAGAUAAACUUUAGCACCAUUGAGCCCAUGGAGAACUUCCGACUCGACCAGAAGGUGCUCUUCAAGGGACGCAUCAUGGAGGAGUGGUUCUUCGAGAUGGGGUUCGUGGGCGCCAACACCACCAACACCUGGCAGUCGACAAUUGAGGCGGCGCCCGAGUCCCAGAUGAUGCCCGCCAAGGUCUUGAACGGCAAUGUGACGAUCCAAACCAGUUUCUACGACAACGAGACACUCAUCACCAAAUCGGUUGUGCGCCUGUACUACAUUUAGGCGAUUGUGAGUCAUCUGCCCAAAGCGACCAGGUGUUCUCCCAUCCACUCACGCCUUCUUCUGGAUCUUCUUCGAGGUGUUCUCUACAAACCAUGCAUACUUCGCUUCAAAGUACUUCUGCAUUUCAAUGCAAUUGUUUGCGCGUUUAUGAACUAGUGUAGUCUAAUGCAUUUUAAUCUAAUUUUACAUUUAUAACAUUAAUUUAUUAAUAUAUUAAUAAACAAUUAACAAUUGUAAUGCUUAUAGAUCAGGAAAUGUGUCAGCUCGAACGCAACAAGCAUACCUAUGUACAAAUCUUCUGAAGACUAUCAAAGAUGGACUAAAAAUAGCUCCAGAACGUUGUGUCAUUUGAGAAAAUAUGCAUGUGUAGAUCUCUGUACCACUUGUAAUCAAUCCAUAAAGUCUACUAAAAUCUGUUGAAUUAUAAAGUAUGAGAAAUAUUUUAACAUAUAAAAUGUAUCCUCAUUGGAGAAAAAGUUGUCUAUGGAAUGCGUGUUCUACUCGAAAAACGAAAAAGUACUUAAAUCUGUCAAAGUUGUAUUAGAUAUAGCCUAGCUGUACGCGAUUUGUCAGCAAAUAUAAGCAGAUGUUGAAAGAAAA